AUGGUAUGUUACAUUUGUUUACAACAUAAUGAUCAUAAUGUUGUAUCAAGUUCAUCGCAAACACAUGAAAUUAUACUUAAAUAUUCAAAUUUAUUUGAUUUUGAUCAAUUAUUAAUUUCAACUCAAAUUGGAUCUAUAGAAGAAAUUCAUGUUAUAUGUCUUAAUGAUAAUAAUGCACGUGUUAUACAUGUUUCAUUAAAUGCUUUACGAACAUUAUUACCUUUUUUUAUUAUUAAUAGGCAUGCAUUUGCAAUCAUAGGAAUUAAAUUAUUAGAAGAUUCUAUUCAACAUACUACAAGUUCCUGUAUUCUUGCUAAAGUUAGUCUAGCUCAAUUUAUAGAUGAUAUUGAUUUUCGAAUAUUAACUUAUCUUGAACACCAACAAUUAAAACAACAGUACCCUGAUAUACGUGUUCGUCAAGCAACUGCUUCGACUUUUGCUAAAAAUGAAAGUGAUUUUCAAGCUGCUCUACUCGAUUUACUUGUUCAAUUACUUUUAAUUCGUCAUUUUAUUUAUUGUAUUGCUGAAUUUCUUGUUAUGUUAUCACAUGAUACACUUCAUUCAAAACAAGUUAUUAAAAUACAAGAUUUAAUAAAACAUUAUGAUUCAUUAUUAGCAAUUGGACAUGAACCUGAAACACAUAUUAAACAAUUUCGAACAAUUGUAAAUGAUUUUCAUCAAUUACGAAUUCAUGAUGAAGCUCUACAUUGUCUUGAUAUAUUUUCAUAUUUAACUAUUUUAAAUGAAUGUUUUAAAUUAUUAUGA